AUGGAGUUUAACCGCAGGUUCACUCUUUUGUCUGACUCAGAUUGUUGGAGCACCAAACAAGGAAGAAAUCUUGCUACUACGCUGUAUCUUACUAGAGGGGAGGAAGUCCAUGAUAUAAUUGUGAACAGGAUCCUAGAUUUAUCAAAAGCUUUCUCACUUUAUGAUGAUGAAGUGCUGGUAAGAUGCUCUGCAAGCUUCAUAACAGCGGAUUGGACGAUUCCAGAGUUGGGAGAGACGGAAUCGGGAAGUUCUGGAUAUGGUAACCUGCUAGGUGACAUGGCUUUCUGGGACUAUGUUGAGAAAAAGCAACUUGGAGCCACUAAAGUUGAAUGGUCAGUAACAAGCGAAUGGUCUCCUGGUGGACUUUAUUUCAUGAUUGCUACAACAGCUCCAAGGCGACAAAUUGACAAUGGGCUAGAGUCGCUUCUACUUAAAAAGAAGUUGUUGAACGGUGGGGAUACACCAAAUGAUCAUGCUUGUAAAAUUGAUAAACUAAAAGUUCUUUCUGAAUCUCUUCUAAGCUCAGCAUCUAAUUCUGAAAAGCGUGUAUCGGAUCAUCGGCAUGGUGUUAGUACAUUUACUCCAUUGAAGGGGCUUUUCAUCCAAGGCCCCGUCUUUGUCAACUUUUUUCUUGUUAUUCAUAACAUGGUGAAAAAGGUCCCAUCUUUCCAAAAUGGUGGCAUCUCUUGGUUCAUUGACCUUACGACUGCUGAUACUUUCUACAUUCUUCCUUGUUUGACUGCAUUUUAA